CAACGGUCUAACAAAAACCCUAAUUGCCCCAAUUGACUACACGUCUAUAUAAAUCACCUGUCCAUAAGGCUCUUUCAUUUCUCAUUAUCGCCAUCUCCCUUUAUCAGCAGCCAGUAAAAGAGCACUCCGUAUUCGACUGCUGCCAUAGCCAAAGUUUGAGUGUUCAGCAUGGGUAAAGAGAAGACUCACAUCAACAUUGUGGUCAUAGGCCAUGUCGACUCUGGGAAGUCGACCACCACUGGACACCUCAUCUACAAGCUUGGAGGAAUUGACAAGCGUGUUAUUGAGAGGUUCGAGAAGGAGGCUGCUGAAAUGAACAAGAGGUCCUUCAAGUAUGCCUGGGUUCUUGACAAGCUCAAGGCUGAGCGUGAACGUGGCAUAACCAUCGACAUUGCCCUGUGGAAAUUCGAGACAACCAAGUACUACUGCACAGUUAUUGAUGCUCCUGGACACCGAGAUUUCAUCAAGAACAUGAUUACUGGCACCUCUCAGGCUGACUGUGCCGUUCUCAUCAUUGAUUCCACGACUGGUGGCUUCGAGGCUGGUAUUUCCAAGGAUGGCCAGACCCGUGAGCAUGCCUUGCUUGCCUUCACCCUUGGAGUCAAGCAGAUGAUCUGCUGCUGUAACAAGAUGGAUGCCACCACACCCAAAUACUCCAAACCAAGGUAUGAUGAGAUUGUGAAGGAGGUCUCAUCAUACCUCAAGAAGGUCGGUUACAACCCCGACAAGAUCAAUUUCAUCCCCAUCUCUGGCUUUGAGGGGGACAACAUGAUUGAGAGGUCCACCAACCUUGACUGGUACAAGGGCCCGACCCUCCUCGAGGCCCUAGACAUGAUCAACGAGCCCAAGAGGCCCUCUGACAAGCCCCUUCGCCUCCCUCUCCAAGACGUCUACAAGAUUGGAGGUAUUGGCACUGUCCCUGUUGGCCGUGUGGAGACAGGUGUUCUGAAGCCUGGAACUGUAGUCACAUUCGGGCCCUCGGGCCUGACCACUGAGGUCAAGUCUGUUGAGAUGCACCACGAGGCCUUGCAGGAGGCCCUUCCUGGUGACAAUGUCGGGUUCAAUGUGAAGAAUGUUGCUGUGAAGGACUUGAAGCGUGGUUAUGUUGCUUCCAACUCGAAGGACGAUCCUGCUAAGGAAGCUGCCAACUUUACCUCCCAAGUGAUCAUCAUGAAUCACCCUGGGCAGAUUGGUCAGGGCUAUGCUCCAGUGCUUGAUUGCCACACGUCCCACAUUGCUGUCAAAUUUGCUGAGCUCGUGACCAAGAUUGACAGGAGGUCUGGUAAGGAGCUCGAGAAGGAGCCCAAGUUCUUGAAGAAUGGUGAUGCUGGAUUUGUUAAGAUGGUCCCGACUAAGCCAAUGGUUGUGGAGACUUUUGCCGAGUACCCGCCUCUUGGUCGGUUUGCUGUGCGUGACAUGAGGCAGACUGUUGCUGUUGGAGUCAUCAAGAGCGUGGAGAAGAAGGAUGCAUCGGGUGCUAAGGUCACCAAGGCUGCUGCUAAGAAGGGUGCCAAAUGAAGCGUGCUGGUUUGUGGUGGUGUGGGCUCUGAUUAUUAUGAUGGUGCUCGAUAUAAGUACUUGCUUGCAAACUUUGCUUUUAGUUUUCUUGUUAUGUUAGACUUGUUAUGUUGGUUAUUUCUUCUGCCUUGCGCGUUGGGGAGCCAUUCCCAGAAUUGGGUUCUUGACAGGCGGUGGUGGUAUGCUAUCUUGCAGCUCUUUUUUGUUGAGGUUUUGAACCUUUGAGUCUUUUAUGUUUUCUUUUUGUUUUGUGAGGGGCUUUUACCCUUCACGCUGCUCUGAUGAAAACAUUUGUGGUUUGUCGUUCGGAUAUCUUUUUAAUAGAGCUUUUUUGCUUUUGAUUAUGAGGUUUGGAUUCAUGUGUCACCUCUUUCAUUUCAUUUAUGUGGUCUUGCUAUUUUGACUCUUGUUCUUCCAUUAUUCAUCAUACCAUGAUCAAUAUCCUUAUCGUGCUUCUGUGUUUUUGUUCUUUAUUUAUUUGAUCAUGG